AUGUGGGAAAUAAAGCAUAAGAAUUAUGAAACAGCUGUACUGGGAAGAAAUGUGACCAUCUUCUGCAAUUUGACAAGUCUGGAAAAUGUUCUGCAAGUCACCUGGCAGAAAAUUGAAGGCUCUUUGCUACAAAAUAUCGGCACUUACAGCCAUAAAUACGGAGAAAAUGUUCUUCCACCUUAUAUAAACAGGCUGCACUGCAAGAUCCUGGAACCCAAUGCCUCCUUCAUAAUCAUCCAAGAAGUGACGUUUGAAGAUGAAGCCUGCUACAAGUGUCUGUUUAACACCUUUCCACAUGGCAGUCAUGGAGGACAAACCUGCCUUAACAUCCUAAUUGUUCCUGAAUUAAUAACUGAACUCCAUCCUGUUCCUGGCUCUGAAGAUCUCCUUAACCUUCAUUGUUCAGGGGUGGGAAAGCCUGCUCCUGGAAUCUCCAUUUACCCUUCAGAAGCACUAGUGCUCACACAGGAAGAGUACUUUACUAAGAACCCAAAUAGCACAGUGACCACCACUAAAAUAUACAACAUCUCUUUGAAAGCUGUUAGGUCCUUGGGCCUCCAGCACCUGGUUGUGUCCAUGACUCACCCCCUAGAAUAUAAAGAGAAGAUAGUUCAUCUGCCCGUAAAGCAAGAAGGUACCGUGGAUCAUUUCAGGAUAACUGCAAUUAUAUUCAUCAUUUUAUUUCUCAUUUCAUGUGUCAUCGGUGCUCUUUCCUAUAUUUACUUUAAAAAGAAAAGGGGUUCUGGAAAAUUCCGUCAUGCAGAGAGUAGUGAAAGAAAACUCAUUUCCACAUCCUUGACAAUUUCUGAAGUUGAUUGGUUAUACAAGAAGGCCAUGGACAAGCAUUUAUGUUUAUGGUGA